ACAUGUAAAUUACACUUCUAACCCGAUGGUUACUAUGGUAAGGCUCCGGAUAGCAUAACAACACUUAUAGUGUUGUUAGAGUAACAACAGGGGUAAAAACGGAAACUCAAAAAAGUAAUAAAUUAAAAAUUAAAUGAGUCAUUACCCCACCCGUACCCUUCUCUCUCCCCACUCGAUUCUUCUCCCCUCCGGCGCAUCUCCCAGAUUUUCGGCCGACGACGAGCACAGAGACUUCCACUACGCUGACUCCGCCGCGCUGCUAGACCCGCCGCCGGCGACGCCAAAUGGCAUACUACUAUCAGGAUCCCGCCAUCAGAGUCGUUAUAAUAUUUAUUCAGAUCUCACCUUCUUCCGCACAGGCUCGUCAGAUGCAGAUUGACAGCCACCGGCGCCUCCUUUUCGUCCUCCGCCGCAACUCGUCGGAUCUCAUCGUACGACCGUUGAGGAGUCCUGGUGGCAGUCAUACUGAUGCACAACCACCAGCAAAGCGGAUCCAGAAAUCCGGAUCUGGAUUUCAUAUAUGGUGGUCGGGAUAUUGAAGAGGAUCUCGAAUUCAGAAUCCGACGACCCUGACUGCCGAGCUGAAGGAGAUGGCGAGGGCUUUUUCUCUACAUGAACAUUAAUCAAGCGCACAUGAAGCUAAAGAUCGCUAGAGCUUCUCAGUGAGGAAGAUCCGACAAGUGAAGGCUCGAGUUUUGCCAGAAUCGCCGCGGGAAUGUUUCUCUUGACUUCUCCUUUCCCAUCCAAUUCUCUUGUGAAAAUUUUGCCAUCGAAAGCUCUAGCGAUCCAUACUACAAAUCGUUGUUUGCUGUUUGCUCUCUGGAGAAGUGAUUGGUUGGCUGCCUUGUUCCUUAUCUUUGUUGCUUAUGGCCAACGUUUCAAGUGCAUUAGUGGAUAGUGUGAUUACAGUAGCUUUUUUCCUGAUAUGAUUUCACAUUUACUUUUAAGUGAUACGAAAUCAUGAGCUGCUUAGCUCGCUUUGGUCACUUGACAUUUGACACUCAAGUAUUGAACAUCUCAUAUGAAAUGCCUCUUGGUACAGUCUGCAUCAUUUCUUUUGAACCUAACCAAUUUGCAUGGACUUCCUUUCAGGCUCGGGUGCACGAUGAGAGCUUAAGAUAUGCAUUACCAGACCAAGCUGUUGUGUCUCUGGCAGCAAAUGUUCCUACGAAUCUGACCAAACUCUCUCAGCUUAUUGCUCAAGUUGAUCAUGAUGCUGAUCCUGUGAAUCCCAAUUGUUUUCUUCCUCCUCUGUCACUUGUGGUCACGAGUCAUUUGGAUGAUUUAUUUUGCUUAAUUCAAGAGAAAGAAAGCAAUGGUCACGAGUCAUUUGGAUGAGAGAUCUAACAAAAAUUCACUGUUUCUACCUUUUCAGAUUUCGGGUUUUAGUGCUGGUGUAAAUGUAUUACCAUUUCAUAAUGGCAGACUGGCAGUGAUUGAGUUGAUGAUGUUGAUGAAGGAGAUGGAAACCAUGUGUUAUGUUUCACUAAUUUGUGGGGGAAAUAAAAUUAACUCAACGAGACUGCUUCUGUAUCACUGAAAGAGAGACCGAGGCAUUUUGAUAAAUCCAAUAAAAAUACUAUAAAACA